AGUAGUUAGCCCAGGGCUAAUCUUCCUCAAAAAACAACAACAAACAAACAAACAAACAAAAGGUACUACCAGCUCCUGGGUCCCUGGCUCUGGGGGGAAGCCAGCGGCCACGUUGUAAGGAUGCUCAAGCAGCGCUGAGGACAGGCCCACGUGGGGACCGGCUGUGGCCUCCUGCCGGCAGCCACGUCCCUAAGCUUGGAAGUGGCUCUACCUGCCCCAGUCAAGUUUUCGAACGACCGCAGCCCUGGCCUGUAGCUUGACGGCAGCCUGGUGGGAGACUCCAAGCCGGAAUCUGCCAGCUCGGCCACUCCCAAAUCCCUAACCCGCAAAACCCAGGGAUGAUAAACAGCUGCUGUCUUCACCCAGCAAGUUUUAGGAUAACUUGUUACGCAGCAAUCGAUCACUGACGCCGUUUGGCAGUUACUCUGCCAAACCCGGCUCGGAGUACCGACUAUAUUAGAACUCAUGAAUCCUCAAAGCAACUCUCCCAGGUACAGAUUGUGCUCGUUCCCAAAUGAGGAAAUUAAGGCACAGAGAGGUGCCGCAACUUGCCCAAAGUCACACAGCUUGCAAAUGGGAAAAUUAGGGUUUGAACCCAGCCUGUCCAGCGCCAGGGUCUGGGGGUUCGACCACUGGGCCACGCUGGCUUGGGCCACCUGGAAGAAGGUGACAUCUCCAAGAAGGCCAAGGGAGCCUCAAAGAGCCCUGACAUUGAAGGGAAGCGGAAAGGAAGAACAGACUCAGAGGGAGGGGAGGGGAGGGAGGAGAGAGCAGACAGUGGGAGUCUAGAAUGUGGGGCAGGGGUCUCUCUCCCUCCUGCUGUGCCCAGCUUUGCUACUCACUAGCUGAGUGCCCUCAGGCAAGGGACUUAACCCUCUGUGCCUCAGUUUCUCCGUUUUCAGGAAAGACGAAAUGGGUAAAUCCACGGGUUAAUCCAAGGCGCUGGGGCCCCUGCGUCCCGGGAGGCUGGCGAGGAGGCAUGUUGGGACGUGCUGUCCUGGGGCGCUGAGGCUAAUGAGCAGCUGGGGCUGUGGUGCAGACUGCGGGCUGAGCUCAGCGUCUGGGCUGUGUGGACAUGGCCGGCCCGGGGUUUUGGGGCCACCCAGCCGGUCGUCUCCUGCUGCUGCUGCUCCUGCUGCCGCCGGCCCUGAUGGAGGGACCCCUGGUGUUCGUGGCUGUGGUGUUCCGCCACGGCGACCGCGCCCCUCUGGUGUCCUACCCCACCGACCCACACAAGGAGGCCGUCUCCGCCCUGUGGCCGCGCGGCCUGGGCCAGCUGACCAGGGAGGGGGUCCGCCAGCAGCUGGAGCUGGGCCGCUUCCUGAGGAGCCGCUACGAGACCUUUCUGAGCCCCAAGUACCGGCGGGAGGAGGUGUACAUUCGCAGCACAGACUUCGACCGCACGCUGGAGAGUGCUCAGGCCAACCUCGCGGGGCUGUUCCCCGAGGCUGCCCCGGGGCGCCCCGAGUCCGCCUGGAGGCCCAUCCCCGUGCACACGGUGCCCACCUCUGAGGACAAGCUGCUGAGGUUCCCCAUGCGCAGCUGUCCCCGAUACCACGAGCUGCUGCGGGAGGCCACGGAGGCUGCCGAGUACCAGGCGGCGCUGGAGGGCUGGACGGACUUCCUGAUUCGCCUGGAGAACUUCACCGGGCUGUCGCUGGUCGGGGAGCCCCUCCGCAGGGCGUGGAAGGUUCUGGACACGCUGAUGUGCCAGCAAGCUCACGGGCUUCCCCUCCCAUCCUGGGCCUCCCCGGAUGUCCUGCAGACUCUAGCCCAGAUCUCGGCUUUGGAUAUUGGGGCCCACGUGGGCCCACCCCGGGCAGCAGAGAAGGCCCAGCUGACAGGGGGGAUCCUGCUAGAUGCCAUCCUUUCCAACUUCUCUCGGGUCCAGCGCCUGGGGCUGCCCCUCAAGAUGGUUAUGUACUCAGCUCACGACAGCACUCUGCUGGCCCUGCAGGGGGCCCUGGGUCUCUAUGAUGGGCACACCCCCCCAUACGCUGCCUGCCUUGGCUUCGAGUUCCGGAGACGCCUCGGGGACCUGGACGAAGACUCAGGGAACAUCACCAUCUCCCUCUUCUACCGCAACGAUUCCGCCAGCCCGCCCCUGCCCCUCCGCCUCCCCGGGUGCCAGGCCCCCUGCCCGCUAGGCCGCUUCCACCAGCUGACGGCCCCCGCCCGGCCUCCGGCCCACGGGGUCCCCUGCCACGGCUCUCGAGAGCCUGCCGCCACCGCAGGUGAUGGCCCUCGGUGCUGGGGUGGGAGUGGGGGGGGCACGUGUCGAGAUUCACACCCCCGUGUUCUCCCCGCAGCCACCGUGGUGCCCCUGCUGGCCGGGGCUGUGGCCGUGCUGGCGGCGCUCAGCAUGGGGCUGGGCCUGCUGGCCUGGAGACCGGGCUGCCUGCGGGCCUGGGGGGGCCCCGUGUGAGCCGGGGAACCGGGUACCCCCUCCCCAUGGCUGACGCUGGACCCCAACACGUCUGCUCACCUGCUGCUCUGGCUUUCUGUGAUUUCCUGCGUGUGCCUGUCCGCGUGGGGGACACGGGGAGGGCUCCCUGGCCUGGAAGCCACAAGUGGUUCUCUGUGUGCUCAAGCGUUCAUGUGUGUGUGCGCGUAUCCACGGGCCUGUGACAGGCUGUUUCUGUGUACGCGUGCACGUGGCACGUGUGUGCAUGCAGUGGUACCCGCACACGGACAUUCGUGUGGACGUCCCUGCACUUGUCUGUGCAUGUGCGUGUGUACAGGUGGCUGCACACGUGGGUAAUGUGUUUAGGCAGUUUAUGUCUAAGUUUCCAGGCGUGCGUGAGAGCGUGCAGUAUAUGGGCGGGCACAUGAUGUGCAAUGAAGCUGUGCCUGCUGGGCAAGCCCCUGCUCUGUUGGGACCCGGCUCUGGUGCCCGCUAUUGAGAGGAGACCUCAGAGUACAGGGUUCAAAGCCCGGCCCCACAGCCAGCCAGCUGGGACCAAUCCCGAGACUGUGUGACUCCAGGCCAGUGACUGGCCUCUCUGUGCCCCCAUCUCACUUGGCAGAGACAAGAUUCCUCCCUGAGGCUCCACGAGCCCUGAAACUAACCUCAUGGGGCCCAGCAAAGCAGGUGGGGCUGGGGACCGUCCCCAGGGCUGCCCAGCACAGCACACGCUGCCGUAAUUUGGACGGGACAGGUCACCACCUGAGUGCUGUCCAGUGCAGCAGCUACUGGUCACCAUGGGACGGUUUAAAUUACAUACAAUGUAAACUGGAGGUGCCAGUCACAGUGGCCACAAUUCAAGUGCUUGCUGGCCGUGCAUGGCUGGGGGCUGCCCCCUGGGCAGUGCACAGUUUCCACUACCGCAAGUGUUCUCUGGGACAGCACAGUAGGUAAGGACAGCCACCACACACCUGCUAAGCCAGGAGCCCAGGCACUUGUGCUCCUGCACCCCAGAAGGGGGCUCCACCCUCCUCACAUGCCGGGUGCUGGGCAGCAGUCUGGGGGCUGCCUCCUCUCGGUGUGGCCCUGGCCAAGGCACCAGUCCCAAGGGUCUUGUCCCUUGUGCACAGCACCAACGGCUGUGCCUGCACCAUUGGGCAAACGUGUGAACACCCACUGGACUACCCGGGGAGAGCCUGGUGUACAGCAGGCACUCAGUAAGUCACUUGGUGCCCGUUUAAAGGGGUAAGAGGCUCAGAGGCAAGGGGAGCUUGUGACCAGAAGCAGAGCCACUCCUAGCCACCGGGACCCCUGGACUGUGGGAGGGAACGGGCCGGGGCCAGCAGCCUUGUCCUCAUAUCCAGAGAGGCAGGGACAUCCCUUUUCCUUGUUGGGGCACCAGCACACCCUCCCCACAGGCCCAUCCACUCCCAGUGCCAUGGGGCGAGGGAGCCUGCCAUGGGCCCCCCAAGUAGCCUCUUGUCAGGAGCACCCAUCCCCAGGGACCUGCAGGGGGUGCGGGGUGGUCCCGGGGCCUCCGUGGACAGCAGCAGCACCCAGGGAAAGCCUCGGAUACCCUCUGCGCUUCCUGGUCCUGGGAGUGCGUGCAGCUUCUUGCUUAGAGAUCCAGGAGAGACCCAGAGUUCUGGCAGGUUCCCUCACUGCUGUGAGCGGCUCCCAGGGGCCGACAGAGCCCAGCCCGCGGGGAGGUGGCCACCCUGUGUCCCACCUGCCCCUGCCCCGGGAGGGGCCUGGAUUAAGCUCCACCCAGGACUGCACCAAUACUGCAGUGCACGCGCAGCGCCAGGCGCGCUCUGUAGCGCGCAGAGUGUGCCCAGCACUGACUGCAGGGCUGUCCACCCUCACGAGGCUGUGGUUCCCGACACUCUUAACCCAUGUGACAAACACUGGCUGGAGGCUACACAGGCAGCUGGACAAGCCGGAUGGGAACAGCCGCACCUUCCCCAGGUGAGUAAACAGCACGAGUCCACUUCAAAAGGGAAAGCCAUGGCCAAAAGGUUUAAAAAACACUUACAAGAGAAAUGAGUGCCCCUAAAACUAAGUGUCAUCUAUGCUUAAAGCGCUAAGUAAAAACAGUGCAUUUGAAGAAACCUUAAGAAAAA